CAAACCCUACGUCGAGAGAACUGUCACAAUCUCCGUUGAAACUUGCAACAAUGCCUUCUCCGACGAGCAAGAAAUACACUAAGGCUAAGAUAGGUGUGUUCUGGGACGUGAAGGAAUGUCCAAUCCCUAACGGUCUCGACCCUGCUUCGAUCUCUAAAAACAUCAAGUCAGCACUUGCCAAAAAAGGCUAUCUCGGUGAGAUAACAAUCACACCUUACUGCAAUAAAAACCAGUUCCCAGACGGACCAGAUGACUUCGAAUCUGCCGGAAUGAAACUCAAACCCGCAGGAGAUGAAUCGCAGAGAUACAAGACGAUGUCGUACGACAUAUGUUUCUGGUCUAUUUUCGACCGUGAGAAGAAAUACACGAACCUGAUGGUCAUCUCUGGAGACAACAUGGAUUUUCUCUAUCCUCUAGAGUCGUUUAAAAAGAGAAACCCUGUCAACAUUCUCUUAGCGCAGCCUGAGAAGGGACCGAGAUGGUGUCGCAAGUGUAGGAAGCCUUUGGAAGAUCUUGUCGCUGAGAGUGGUGAAUGGUUUUGGGAAAGUUUAGCAGCUGGUGGAGACUCUAUCACUAAAGCACAACGAGAAGAGCUUCUUGGUAACAAGGAAGUGGAGGAUGGUAACACGGAUUGUUGUUGAUUUACGUAAAGGGUCGUAUAACUAAUCUCGUUCUGGUUGUUGUUAAAUAGUUUGAUUAGUGUGUGUUAUAAUGCUAAGGAUAUCAAUGUGUGCUACGUUAAUAAUCUAAUUAUCCUAGUCCUAGAGAAAAAGU